AUGAACUUGGACGCAGAGAACCGCGUCGUGCUGAACGUGGGCGGCAUCCGGCACGAAACAUACAAGGCGACCCUCAAGAAGAUCCCGGCAACGCGGCUCUCCAGGCUGACCGAGGCGCUGGCCAACUACGACCCCGUCCUGAACGAGUACUUCUUCGACCGGCACCCGGGGGUCUUCGGGCAGAUCCUCAACUACUACCGGACGGGCAAGCUCCACUACCCCACCGACGUCUGCGGCCCGCUCUUCGAAGAGGAGCUGGAGUUCUGGGGACUCGAUUCCAACCAGGUGGAACCUUGCUGUUGGAUGACGUACACGCAGCAUCGUGAUACGCAGGAGACGCUGGCUGUGCUUGACCGCUUGGACUUGGACACGGACAAGCCGAGCGACGAGGAAAUCGCCCGCAAGUUUGGCAUGGAGGAGGACUACCGGGAAGGGACGAUGUCCUGCUGGCAGAGGGUCAAGCCCAAAAUAUGGUCCCUCUUCGACGAGCCCUACUCGUCACUCGGCGCCAAGAUCAUCGGUGUGAUGUCAGUGUUCUUUAUUUGUGUUUCGAUCCUCUCAUUCUGUCUCAAGACGCACCCGAACAUGCGGGUGCCCGUCAUCCGGAACGUGACGGUGAAAGACACCACGACGGACACGUGGGCCUGGACUCUAGACAAGGCACAGACCAAUCCUCAUGACGCCUUCUUCUUCAUCGAGUGUGCCUGCAACGCCUGGUUCACGUUCGAAAUCUCGAUCCGGUUCGUCGCUUGCCCGAGGAAGCUUGAGUUCGCAAAGGGAGCAGUCAACAUCAUCGAUUUCACGGCCACCCUCUCGUUCUACAUAGACUUAGCGAUGCAAAGGUUUGCGUCCCACCUGGAGAACGCAGACAUUCUGGAAUUCUUCAGCAUCAUUCGUAUCAUGAGACUAUUCAAGCUGACUCGCCACUCAGCAGGCCUCAAGAUCCUCAUCCAGACGUUCAAGGCCAGUGCCGGCGAGUUGAUACUUCUGGUGUUCUUCCUGAUCCUGGGCAUCGUGAUUUUCGCCUCGCUCAUCUACUACGCGGAACGCAUCCAGGCCAACCCCAACAACGAUUUCACGAGCAUUCCUCUCGGACUCUGGUGGGCCCUGGUCACCAUGACCACCGUCGGAUAUGGGGAUAUGGUCCCCAAGACAUAUGCCGGAAUGUUUGUCGGUGCGCUCUGUGCACUCGCUGGUGUGCUGACCAUCGCACUGCCCGUGCCAGUCAUCGUGUCGAACUUUGCCAUGUUCUACUCACACACUCAGGCGCGGGCCAAACUGCCAAAGAAGAGAAGGCGAGUGCUUCCAGUGGAACAGCCGCGUGGUUUGAGGGGCAGGGGGGUUCCUGGACCUCCUGGGGCAGAGAGGAGAGUAAAUGCUCUAAAAGAAAAUCACCCCAAAGACAUGCUCACGCCAAGGCUCGGUCAGAAAGAGGAAGUGAUGCCCAUGCUGAACCACAGUCGCGACGACGCCCCUGCAGCCCCUCCGGUCCGCAACCGCCGCCAGAGUGCCAUCGAUAGGGCGGCCCGGCUCAUAGACAUGCACCACAGCAUCCUUCAUGUUUCUGCAGACACCAAUGCCGGAGAAAUGACAAAAUCUCCAGAGAGAAAGGAAUUCCAUGAAAACUCCUCGGCGAGUCCUCGGAACAGUUUGAGCCCGAAGCCCGAAGGUCAGACGGCCAACUCUCCCAGUUCCGGCAACAACAAAGUCGAAUCGUAA